CGCAAACAUGAAUAAACCUUUUCCUCCUGGUUGAAGCAGUGAGGAGGGCGGAGCGGAAGCGUUUUUCUGUCGCGGUGCAGCCUCUUCCGGUCCUCUUUCCAGCUUCCCGUGCAACAUGACCAAGAAAAGGAGAAACAACGGCCGUGCCAAGAAGGGCCGCGGACACGUGCAGCCCAUCCGCUGCACCAACUGCGCCCGCUGCGUCCCCAAGGACAAGGCCAUUAAGAAGUUUGUCAUCAGGAAUAUCGUGGAGGCAGCGGCCGUGAGAGACAUCUCAGACGCCAGUGUCUUUGACUCAUAUGUUCUGCCCAAACUUUACGUGAAGCUGCACUACUGUGUCAGCUGUGCUAUCCACAGCAAAGUGGUGAGGAACCGCUCCUGUGAGGCCAGGAAGGACCGUACUCCACCACCAAGAUUUAGGCCUGCAGCUGGUGCACCAAGAGCUCCUCCAAAACCAAUGUAAAGCAAAAUCUGAAGAUGCUGUGUACCUGAAAAAGAUCAUUAAAACAUCUUUACAAAACUUGAA